AUGAGGAAAAAGAAUAAAGAGCAAGAGAGGAAAAACAAGAGAGAAGAGAGAAAAAGGGAUGCAAAAGGGAAAAAUGAGAGAGUGAAAGAAAAAGGAGAGCAAUCUGGUUCAAAAGAAAAAGAGGGAAAAAGAAUGACAUUAUUCGCAGGAGAAAAAAAAAUGAGAGAGGCAUUGCAUGACAUGAGACCUUUAUACCUUCUUAUGUGUAAAGAGUCUUUAUUUUUAGAUUCUGACCUUAAUUCUAGCCUCCUUACUUUUGCCAUUGCUCAUUUGCAGGAAUACAAGGAUGUUUUUCUAGAGGAAAUGCCACCCGGCUUACCACCAUUAAGGGGAAUUGAGCACCAAAUUAAUUUCGUGCCUGGGGCUCAAAUUCCUAAUAAACCAGUAUAUGAGCAAUCUCGAGGAGACCAAGAAGCUUUAAAAACAAGAUGA